AAUUCCAAACCAAACCAUGGGCUGAGUCCUACCCACUUCUCCUUCAUAUACCGAAGACCCUAAAACACACAUUUUGUGCAAAAUAGCUCAAGGGGACAAUUUCCAAACCGCUUCAAUUUCAUUUUGCUUCAUAACAAUUUUGGUAACCCAAAAUUUUUUAUGUUGAAGUUUGGCAAGAGACCAUUUCCAAUGAUCGGGAAGCUGUCGGAAUUGCUAGUUUCUGGCCACCGUGCCGGGUUUUUCUUCGACAUGGGCACGACAAGCCCAAGAAGUCCAUUGGACCUCAAGAUGCAAUCUUCUAGCCCCAGAGGGUUGAAGAAUUAUGAUCUUGGUGGUGUUGGGUUGGGCAUAGUUGCUGCCUUGGAAAAGUCGAGCCAUAAUGGGCGUGAGAUUUUGCCCAAGUAUGCGGUUUGUGGUCAAAACCUGAACCAAUCAGAGCCAAUUCCUGUAAGCUCUGCUCAAAACUGUGAUGGGUUUUCAACCAGGGGUCUCCAGGAGUUUGAGGAAGAUAGCUUGGAGAAUUAUACUUAUGUGACUCAGCGUGGACAAAACAAGUCUUUCACUAGGGUUUACUAUGAUGGAGGUGACUGCAAUACCAGUUCCAUGCACCACCAUGUAGGGGAUGAUUUGCAGACAUGUAAUGAUAACAAUCUUGCUUCAGUUUUUCCCACCUCGGAUUUUCUCAGUUCAUGCCACUUGUGCAAGAAAAACCUCCAUGGCAAAGACAUAUACAUGUACAGAGGAGAGUGUGCGUUUUGCAGCACAGAAUGCAGAGCAACGCAGAUGAUGAUGGAUGAGAGCAAAGAACGGUGCAGAUCAGAAGCUUUAAGAUCUGUGGAAGUUUCAGGGUCAUCUUGUUCAAGAGAUCAGAUCUUCUCAACUGGGAUUCUUGUUAUUUAGCACUGUCAGUACAUAGGCGGCUUUACACUAAAUACAUAUAGAUGAGAACUAUCAGCUUUUUGUUUACCUAUGAACCAAAAAAGUAAGAAAAAGAAAAAAUGCAAAAUUUUGGGUAUAAGUUGUAAUCGAUCGACCUUUGUAUUCUGUGAUGACAACGGGAACAUUUUUUAAGAAUAAAGAACAAUUCUAUACUUAGACUUCAGUUA